CGAGAAGAUUCGCUGUAAAAGUCUUUUGCUCUCAUUCGACCGUCCCAAAUUCCCACAACUCUCCAGUCGAGCUACUUUGCUUUCGCUGCAUAAAGAGGGGGCGACCGAAGUCACCUCUCUUCUCCUAAUUAUUCACCAUUCCACCUCUCAACCACUCCAGCUUUCUUUCAUUUUCCCCUUCUUUCUCAUCCUCAUUUUUACGGUCGACAGCAAGUACUGCGAUUGUUCCCGUCUGCAUACGACCCUCUACCCCUUGUCGUUCCUUAAUCUCACUCAAUCCCUCUUCUAUUAGAACUUUUGCAAGCAAGAGAAAAAAGAUGCCUCCCAAGAAGCAGGUCAAGGAAGAGAAGCUCCUUCUGGGUCGUCCUGGUAACAACCUCAAGGCUGGUAUCGUUGGUCUUGCCAACGUUGGAAAGUCCACCUUGUUCCAAGCUAUUACCAAGUGCAACCUUGGUAACCCGGCCAACUUUCCAUAUGCCACCAUUGAGCCGGAAGAGGCCCGUGUGCUAGUCCCCGACCAGCGCUUUGACUGGUUGUGUGACCACUACAAGCCCAAGUCUAAGGUUCCUGCGAACUUGACUGUUUAUGAUAUUGCCGGUCUUACUCGUGGAGCGUCUACCGGAGCUGGUCUCGGAAACGCCUUCUUGUCCCACAUUCGUGCCGUCGAUGCCAUCUUCCAGGUUGUUCGAUGCUUCGAUGACGCUGAGAUUAUCCACGUUGAGGGUGAUGUUGACCCGAUCAGAGAUUUGACCAUCAUCAACGAGGAGCUCCGGACAAAGGAUAUUGAGUUCGUUGAGAAGGCUUUGGAGUCUCUUCGGAAGCAGACUGCUCGAGGCGGUCAGUCAUUAGAGAUGAAGAAGUUGAAAGAAGAACAGGCCACCGUUGAGAGGAUCCUUCAAUGGCUGCAGGAUGGCAAGGACAUUCGCUCUGGCGAAUGGGCUAAGAAAGAGAUUGAGGUGAUCAACCCCUUGCAGCUUCUAACUGCUAAGUCGGUUGUUUACCUUGUCAACCUCAGCGAGAGAGACUAUGUCCGCCAAAAGAACAAGCACCUUCCCAAGGUUGCCGAGUGGGUCAAGACCAACUCGCCUAACGAUCCCAUCAUUCCGCUAUCUGUUUCGCUUGAAGAACGCCUUACUCAAUUCGAGACUGAAGCUGAAGCUUCAGAAGAGCUUAAGAAGAUCGGUACCAAGUCCGCUCUUCCUAAGGUCAUUGUUACUAUGAGACAAGUGUUGGGAUUGAAUAGCUUCUUCACUACCGGCGAGGAUGAAGUCCGACAAUGGACGAUCCGGAAAGGUACAAAGGCGCCUCAGGCUGCUGGUGUCAUCCAUACCGAUUUCGAAAAGACUUUCAUUCAGGUUGUUGUCUACAACUUUGACCUCCUGAAAGAGUUUGGAGACGAAGCUGCUGUCAAGUCUGAUGGAAAGGUCAUGACGAAGGGUAAAGAUUACGUAGUUGAGGAUGGAGACAUUCUCCUCAUCAAGGCCGGUGCUGCCAAGGCCUAGACACAAACGCGUCUUAUCGUUGCUACAAGGCUGAGAAGGUGCCCGCGCUUAUGUUGAGUAAACGCGGUGAACAUGGGACAUGUUACGAAGUAAUGCCUGUGUUCUUAUGUAUGCGGAAAGUUGAUGCUCUUGAU